AUGGCUGGAGGAGGCAUGCUGCCCUCCCUGCCCACACUGACUGUACUUGUUCCCCUCCUGUCACUAGCAGGCUUGUUCUACUCAGCCAGCGUAGAUGAAACCUUCCCACAGGGCUGCACCAGCACAAACAGCUUAUGUUUCUACAGUCUCCUCCUUCCUGUUACAAUACCGGUUUAUGUAUUCUUCCAUCUGUGGACCUGGAUGGGAAUUAAGCUUUUUAGGCACAACUAGUGCGAUGUGUUUGCUAACCCUUGUGCUUCUCUAAAGCAACGCGGUUCAUUUAAUCUCAUCAGCUAUUGCAGUUGAUUGGAGGAGUUCCCUUCUGGCCCUACUGACUGUCAUCAUUUUUCUCUGGAACUGUAUAACGUCCUCUGCAGCAGCCUAUUACUUAAUUACUGCUAAGGCAGAUAAAGAGAAGGAAGAAGAAGAAACACUAAUUCCUUCUAGUGGAUCCCUUCAAGAGUGGUGUGUGUUCGUAGUAGCACUAAGGAAAAUCUUCUAGGUUGUGAUCGUUUUUACGAGGAAGAACUGUACCCUGACUGGAAUAACUGAUCUUAAACAAUAAGCAAUGACAACAUGGAGCGAUAUGAAUCUCUCUUUGAAUUAUGAGCUUUGGGUUUGUUUAUUUGUUUUGAACUGAUUUCUCACUGCCAGAAGAACAUAAAAUAAAUUAGGUUGAUGUUUAAUAACCAAACUUGAGUUAAAUGAAGAUAUUUACUUGGAUGAUA